AUGCGUGACUUUCUUGCAAGUCUGCGUGCUGUUGAUGUAUCUUUUGGGAGUACAUCCAAGGAACAACACGAGAAACUGGUUAGCAUGAUUGAUCAGUUGAGUUCAAAUGGCGACUGGGAGAUUUGUGCAAAUUUUGUUCUAUCUGAACUUGAAGUCUGUUCUUCCCAACAGCAAAUCACAAACCUGCAGAAUUCUGCUGCCCUGUUUGCGUGUUGUUGUUGCAUUGAAAACUGUCUCAAGCAUCCGAUAUCUUCACAUCCAGUCUCGGCUAUUGAGGUGCAGAAAAUGUCGGAUUUUUUGCGAAGCUGGGUUAAGAUCUACGUGAACUGCAUUGGUGGUCGAAUUCAGUCUGCUAUUUUAAGAAAAAAAGUGGCUCAAUCUUUGAGCUUGGCGGUAAUGCGGUACUAUCCUAAGGACUGGCCAACUCUUUUUGAUGAGUUUUUAAGCCUCAUCUCAGAAGUCAGCGCGCAGCAAAUGUGCCCUCCACUUUCGCAGUCCACUCCUAUCCUCCUGAACCUAUUAGAGGUUUUCUUGGAAGUUCUUCAAGAGUUGGAUUCUAUGGUAUUCAGUCGCAGUCUCAAUCUUACUGACGAGCAAUUUCUUCGGACUUCCGAGAUAAAGGAUUCUAUGAGAAUUAAUUGUUUGCCUCAAAUUGUUGAAAUGCUCGCGUUGAUUUUGAAAAAUCUACGAGUCGAUAACGCUCGAGAAUUGGGGCUCAUUUCUCUUUGUCUGAAAGUUCUUGGGCUGUAUGUUUUGUGGAUCGACAUAAAAUUGGUAGCAAACGAACAGUUUAUUGGCAUCCUUCAUUCACUUGUCCUAUCCACCGAACCAGCAGUUUGCGAAAGUAUAUGCUUCCUAAUAAAAGGACUUGUCGCUAAGGGAAUGCCUGCGUUUCCCGACAAACUAUCCCUUAUUCUUGGCUUGUGGCCUCAGCUUUUGGAACCACUGAUUAAUUUCCCCAGCACUGCUAGGCUCCUCAAGCAUGUCUCGUCGAAUCCAAAUUUGAACAGCAAUUGCGAUGAAAGGGAUUCGGAAGAUUUCCUAGGCUUCCUUCAAGAGUUCUCUAACUGCAUUGGAACCAUAGGUUAUCAUCUUACCAUCUCAUUCAAAGAGCUGAUGGCUUCCGACCUUUCCACUAAUUCUAACCAAGGUCCCUCAACCUGGCGAGCUGCGUACGAGGAAUGUUUAGAAAAACUAGAAAUAACUAUAAAUAUUUCUAUAAACCUACUCGCCUAUGAGGACAACGACGUGGGUUUGGCCGUCAUGAUGUUUGUUGAGGAUUAUUUGGAGCUGCUGAAGGAAAAGACUCAAGGGAAACCAAGUCUGUCCAAUGGUGCUGCAAAAACCAAAGUCUCGCUUGAACUAACGGAGGAUCGCCUCUUUAAACUUCAGCAACUUCUCAGUGUUCUCAUGAAAAAGAUGGCUUACCCCGCAGAUGGAACAUCUGAGGACAUUGAGAGAUUUGAGAGCGACCGACAGGAAUACCUUUCACUUGUCCGUUGUAUUGCUCGUAUUGACGGUGGUCUGGUAUUAGAUGGUAUUCAGUCCCUUCUUCAGCAUACACUUCUUCAACUCCCUCCUAGUAUGCGAGUGGAGGAAGUUGAUGAUGCGAUUCUCGGUCGAUUGGAGUCUUGUCUCCACCUCUUUUUUGCUAUCGGUGAAUUCUACAGGGCCCCUAGAAAUGACCACUUCGCUAAUGGCUACAUGUACAGUGCCAAAAUGAGUGAAUUGAUGACCACAAUUUGUUGCAGCAAUGUCGUUACCAUCGCUUAUUACCCUAUACAGUUAAACUUUUUCGAAAUAGUCGCUCGCUACGACAAAUUUUUCAACGCAUCACCCAAGAUUCUCUUCGACGUUUUGGGUGCGUUCUUGGAUGAACGCGGUCUCCGAAACUCAAACGUCAAGGUUCGGUCCCGAUGUGCCUAUCUUUUCAAUCGUCUUAUCAAAUCACAUAAGUCACUAUUCGCACCACAUACUGAGCAGAUUCUACAGCAACUGGAGGAUCUCCUACCCCUUGAUCCCACCCCAGAGGUGCCCGGUUUAAAAAAUCUUAACGGUCUUUCCAAGCCGUCCUCGAUACUUCUUAAUGGGGCUAGUGCAACGGGCUCAUCUAGGCUUUUCUCCAUAACUGAGCAAGGUUUCCUAUAUGAGUCAUGCGCCCACCUCAUCUCCUCACGUUCAUCCGACAGUGCAAGUGGGGGAGUCCGGGAGGCGGUGCGUCUCUUUGCGAUGCUUCUGCAGCCUACUCUGCUUCAAUUUCCUCAAAUGAUGCGCCUCCUAGCACAGGAGAAGGUUCCCGACAUGGCUGAAGCUCGUGGCGCUGUUGUCAAGCAGACGGCCGAUCUCAUUACUCGAACAACACGCGUAAUGGCCCCACAGAGUUCACCAGAGCCGGAGUACGUUCAUAUAUUGAUGGAAAUACUUGAUGUGCUGGUGGGCAGUCUGACGCUGUUGCCGCCCAUAGUGGGGACGCCAGGUAGAGCAGCGGCUUGUGCCGGUGUCCGUGCUUAUAUCCACCGCCUCAUUGGCGCUAUUGGGCCGGAUUGCAGUGUUGUGGUCAAGUCCACUGACACUUUUGGGAGCACUGCAUCUGCUCCAUCCUUAUCCGAACGUGGUGGUGGAGGGGAAGUCGGCGCUGACAAGGGUGGAAAUGAAGGUCGUGCUGCCUCGGAUCUCCUUCUCCUUGCCAUCUCCACUGCAAAUCGUCACUUUAUGGCUGUUCAGCAUUCCAGUGAUCCAGGCGUGCUUUUGCCAGAUCCAGAUAUUCGGUGGAAGGAGUUAAGAGAAUACAUGCCCCUUUUGAUCCAACUCGCCAUUCGGUACAAGGUACACUGGUAUAUAUUAUAA